AUGACUGAGCAGCUAAAAUGUGAAAGUGGGGCAGAUGUUGGACAGGAUCUGACCUUACUUUGCGAAGAAACACAGGUAGCAAGUGUCAGUGAGCAGUUCCAGGAUUCAGAUUCAGAAACUGCUCAUUCUGAAUCAUCAGAUGUUGAGGAAAGUAAUGGAUUUCAGAAAGUAAAACUUACAAUUGUCAGUAAAGGCUCAAAAGAGAAGCUGAAGAUUGCUCUUAUUCGUGCAGCACUGGAAUCAGAUCCUGUAGACGUUGCUAGUUUACGGAAACUGGCCAUUAGUCCAGGCGGACUGGUGAACAAAAACAUGAGACAGAGAGUGUGGCCCUUGCUCAUCAAUGCCAACACAACAAAUAUCACACCCAAACCAUCACAAGAAGAAAUGGAAAGCAUGACAAAAACAUACUCUCAAGUUGUUAUGGAUGUUAACAGAUCUAGCAGUCGCUUUCCACCAGGUAUUGAUGACCAUGUGCGGAUGUCUAUGAAGGAUAAACUGGUGGACUUGAUCAUGCGGGUGAUGCUGAAGCAUCAACAGCUAAGAUAUUAUCAGAGAAUAUCUUGA